AAGGUGUGAACAUUUAUGGUUGCAAGAUGAACGUGCCCACGAAAUGUUAUGAAGGACAGAGAGGACUUGGGAAAUGAAUGGUCACAGGGUUAUCUUGACUGGAACACGACGUGUUUUUGAAGGAUUUCACGAUUGUUGUUUUUUAUCUCCCCACUUAGGAGGAAGAAGACACCAAACUACUGCUGGAAAACAUGCAUCCGAUGUCAAUGAGAAGGAAGAGUUACAAGGUUCUCCAGGUGGACCAAUGUCUAUAUACAGGGAGAAAAUUGAAAACAAAAAACUAAGAUUUGACAAACAUCAAGUCAGCAUCGUACAAAACCUUGAGGACCUUCAUACUACUCUAGAAAAUUAUGUACCUCAGUCUGAAGGAUGGUUCACAAAGAUAUUUUUAAAGAAAGGAAAAGACAAAUCAGAUCAUCCCAAAGGCUUAUACCUUCAUGGAAAAGUAGGUACUGGUAAAACUAUGCUGAUGGAUCUAUUUCAUGACCAAAGUCAAGUGAGGAAGAAAAAACGGGUCCAUUUCCACAAGUUCAUGUUAGAUGUUCAUAAACGAAUCCAUGCCAUAAAACAGACAAUACCUCGACAGUACAAUGUACAGAAGAUUGACCCCUUCGAUCCUAUUCCUCCAGUAGCCAAGGAAAUUAGUGAAGAAACAUGGCUCCUCUGCUUUGAUGAGUUUCAGGUGACAGACAUUGCUGAUGCCAUGAUACUGAAGCGACUGUUUAUUGAGCUUUUUAAGAAUGGCAUUGUUGUGGUGGCCACCUCCAACAGACCACCAGACGACUUGUACAAAAACGGAUUACAACGAGGAACAUUUCUGCCAUUCAUUGGAAUUUUAAAGAGCCACUGUAAAACUCUGAAUCUGGACUCGGGCAUAGACUACAGAAUGACUGUUGAGCCAGCUGAAGGCAAGAUUUACUUUUUGACUUCUGAGAGUAAUGCUGAAGCACAACUUGACCACAUAUUUGAACAUUUGAGUGCUGAAGAAGAUGAAGAUACAUGUCCAAGGGAGAUAACUGUAUUGGGGAGGAAAGUUUUGUUGCCUAAGACGUGUGGAGGUGUUCUAGACACCGAUUUUCACAGUAUGUGUAAACAGCCUCUUGGUGCAAUAGACUACCUGGAAAUAAGUCAUACAUUUGACACUGUCAUCCUAAGGAACAUACCUAAGAUGUCGCUCAGUCGCAAGUCAGAGGCUCGGAGAUUUAUCACUCUCAUUGACACCCUCUACGAUCGCAAGGUACGUGUGGUGUGUUCUGCUGAAGAAGAACCAGUGGGACUGUUUGCUAGUGGCAGUAUCAGUAAGCGAGAUGAGGAGAUUAACAGUAUGUUAAUGGAUGAUCUGGGUAUAUUACAGAGGUCUGGAGUGGGCGAUGCCAAGGCCAGUAUAUUCACAGGAGAGGAAGAACUUUUUGCAUUUGAUAGAACUGUGUCACGUUUGACCGAAAUGCAAACUUUAGAAUAUUGGAAUGAACGAAAACCGAACCGGUCGUAUCACCCAAGUAAAUCACAGAAGGAAGCUAUUAAUUAUGUAUGACACAGGCUGAAUGUGUAGGCCGUGUCAAUAGUUGUAUCAGUUCAAUGUCACUUAUUAUAAUAGUUUUAUCAUACAAUAUAGAUGUACCAGUGCAUUGGUGAUCUUUUAGCUAGUCAUCUGAAGACAAGGGGUCAGGGGGUUGCUGGUGAUUUGGGAGAAGCAGGGACUAAUAUAUAGUCAUAAAUUAAUGGUGUCAGUUUUCGAGCAAGUUUUUAAGAAGUUAUCCCCAUCACCAAGGUCAAGAAUCUGUUGAAUUACUGAAGGCAUUAAUAUAAAUUUACCAUAUUUAUGGUGCCCCAAAAGAGGUUAAUUUGACUUUACUCUUGUUUUAAUUAUUAAGAAGAUUUAAGUAUUUGAGCAAUUUUUUUCAUGCACUAAUGAAUGACCACCGUCCAGAGACUGGUUAAAGAAUUACCAACUUAAAGGUAAUAUUAAUAUAUCUUUAUCAAUAUGAUGAACCCUAUAUUAAUGUUUAUGGGCUGAAAUAGGAGUGUUCAUUGUGUUGUUCCAUGUUAUCUCAAGCUACGAGUUCAGAUUUGGACCUCAUGUUUCUGAUCCUUCAGAUGACAUAUGUUCUUACAAGGACGUGUAACCUUCAAUAAACUUAACUUACUUCUGGGUUUCCCCAAAGCAUUGCUGUCAAGUCCUAGAAGGAUGUAACAGAUAUGUGAGGCAGUUUUAUGUAUUUUUUUCAGACUGGUGAUUAUUUCUCUGUAGUAACUCCCACGUGAUAUUUUUCAUUACUUCUUCCUGUAAUAUGUUUUCUGUAUGACAAGGAAAGGGAUAGUAACAGUUCUACGAUAGUCACAUGUUGUCUUCUACAGACAUUUAUGUUAUCAUGUAGCAAGGAUGAAAGAUCCUGUGGUGUUACUCAUUUUAUAUUUGAUUUGGUUUACAAUUCAUUAAACAUAGAUAUUUAGCAAUUACAAAAAUUAUAUACAUUGAUUUGGUGUAUAAUAAGUAAAUUUUAUUUGAUCGGUCACACUUUACAAUACUUUUGCAUUAGGUGUCUUGCAGUCAUUAUUUGAUUUGUAUGUUUUGUUAGAAGAUAAAUAAAGAGAAAACAUCCGAUCUAUGCAAUGUGUUACAAGUACACGAUUAUCUAUUCUUAUAUCACUCACUCCAAUAACAGUCUACUUACUGGAUAUACAAGCCAGUAGUCUGUAUUUAGAAACUGUAAGCUUCUUCCCUAAUGUUCCAAAUAAGCUGAACUAUAUUAAAAAGAUACAUUAUUAUUUAAAUGUAUGAAGUCGUAUGUGAUAGUGUAAAUAAAAAUGUUACAUAUUAUGUUAUGAAAAUGGUUGAAAAUUUUAAUCCAAUUAUUUUUUACAUUUCAUGGUACAUGUAUUUUGGUCAUAGAUAAAACUGGUUUUUACAUAC